AUGAGUGUCAUGUCAUUCCUGUCAGUGAGCAUGUCAGCCAACAUGUUUCUGAUUGUCCUCUUUGUGCCAGGGGCUCUGACUAAAUGUCCUGAAGAUUCAAAUGUCUUCAUCUCUUCACCUAAAGAGAUGGAAGCUCUGAGUAGAUCUUGUUUGCUGAUCCUGUGUAACUUCAGCCCUAGAUAUGAAAAUGACUUUGACAGCACAAGAGAAAUAUUUGGACUGUGGAAAAAAGAAAAAGAAAUUACAGACAGUCCACACAAUGUGGUUUUUAACAGUAGUGGGACAGUUCUCAAAUAUCCAAUCAGCAUAACUGGAGACCUGAAGGAGAAAAACUGCACGACUCUGUUCUCCAACGUAGAUGCAACAUUUAAAGGCAUUUACUACUUCAGGAUUAUGAACGAGCCAUUCAGAGCAACAGCUGUCUGUGAUCCUCUGAACAUAACAGUGAGAGAUUCUCCUCGGAGCCCCAGAAUAGAGAUCUCAGGAGACCUGAAGGAGGAGGAGUCUGUCACUAUAACCUGCUCAGCUCUCACUCCCUGUCCACACUCUCCUCCUACACUCACCUGGAGUCUCCAAAGAAACUCUCUCAACAACACAGAGGAAAACACAGAUGGAACCUUUACAACUAAAAUCCAGGAGAGCAUCACUCUGUCAGACCACCAUGACAGAUACAACAUCACCUGUUCUGCCACAUAUCGUGUGAAUGAAGGCGGAGCUGUGAGGACAGCAGAGGAGACAAAGACUCUCAGUGUUUCAUAUGCUCCUAAACACACCUCAGUGUCCAUCAGUCCAUCAGGUUUGGUGUCAGCAGGUACCCUGGUUAACCUGACUUGCUCCAGCAGAGCCAAUCCUCCUGUCAGCAGGUUCAUCUGGUUCAGGAUCCGCAACAACAGACUUGUGAUCGUAUCUGAAGGAGAGUUUUACAGCUUUAAUGUGACUGAAGGAGAAGUUUAUUACUACAUGGCCACCCAUGCUCUUGGUAUUCAGAUGUCUUCAAGGAUUCAUUUGAGUAUUUCAGAUCCUUCACAGUUCAGGGUUGUUGUCUACAUCACAGUCAAGGUCCUGGGAAUAGUUCUUCUCUACAGUACAAUCGUCAUCUUUGAUUGGAAGGUGUACGCUGACACUGUCAACAGAGCGCAUGAGAUUCAAGCUUCAUGAAGGAGAAGAGGAUGAUGUUGACCUCAGUAUCAUUUUGACCUAAUAUAGAAUAUAGCUGUAUUUCUUUGUCCUGUUAUUCUUACAUAUUUAAUGUUGUUAGCUUGCAGCAGAUUGAUCAGAUAUAAUCAGUAGGAAAUAAGACACAUGUUUUUGUUGCAUGGCACAUAAUUGAAUGAUAAUAUUCUGCAGCUUCACCUUUACAUGGUGCAGAAGUGUGCUGGUUUAUGGAUGUGUUUGUGUUAUCAUGUGUGUUUCUCUAAGUGAUGUUUUCUUUGUGAAUGAAACUGUUUCUUUUCAAUGAGAAUGAAAGAUGAAUGAAGUGAGACAAGAG